AUGUCGUCAGUUUCGCUUGUCCCUCGAGUGGAGCAGGACAUUAAGGCGAGCAUGGAUAGCCUGCAGAUGAAUUUCGGUUUGGACGCCAAGGUGGUCACAGAAGUGCUCGGCACUGGGAUUCGCCACCUCGAGGAGUUUCGCUUCUUGUUCGAGAAUGAGGCAGCCAUAGGUACCUGGGUGGGGAAGUUGGGCCUAGGGGAUGCCACUAUGUUGCAGACCGCCCGCCUUCGCAGGGCGUGGAAGGCAACAUGCACAUACUACACCCAGGCGGAGCAAGACCGUUCUAAGGUCGCCUUGGCCGACCUCGACUCGAUUUUGGCAGACUCCGAACUUCGCACGUUGAAGGAAGCCUUUUGGAUUCGCUACAAGUUGCGCUUUCCUGCCGAAGUGCAACCCUCCGACGCCACAGUAUCCCGCAUUUCUCGGGAACUCUCCAAAAGGAUGCUCUGUAUAUAUGACGUAUGGCGAGUGCGAUCCCUACAAUUCCAAUUAGGCACCUCGCAAAAGCGGCGCAAGCUGGCAGACGGCCUCUAUACCGAUGAGCCUGAAGUCGACGAGGUCGUCGCUCGGGAUGUGGACACGUACCUUCACAAGCUCCACACGCUUAUGAUCGCCUACGCGCUCAACGGGGUGCAGGUGAUCGCGGGAGUUGACCCGGCGGGAGAGAAAGCGCUGGGCGCUAACUCUUGCCAGUUCGUCGAGGUGCCUUUGGAUUGUGUGCUGGCAUACUACUACCGAGCCCGCAAGGCCGCAAUGCAAGUCGCUCCCGCGCAGCGGCUGAGUUGGCUUCAGCAUCGGGACGCCGAGGAGCGAGCGGAGUGGGUCUCGCGAUUCCGGGAGGGGACCCGGACACUCGGAGCAGUUAUUAAAGAGGUUAUGGAGGCACGAGACGCCCACUGGUUGGCGCCAGCGCUGCCGGAAGCAGGGCCAGUUGCGCCGAAGCCCCAGCCAGUGAUCACUGAGCCAACCAAGUCUUCCUUGUUCGUGUCGGGCCCCAUGGUGGGAGGUAAACCCACGGCCCGCGUCAUGAAAGAUGGCACGAAGCUUUGCGGUGACUACCAGAAAGGGUCCUGCAAGCAUUCACCCCCGUGCCCGAAUGGGGCCCAUCGCUGCGCCGUGGUUCUCCGGGCCGAGCGCGUCUGUGGUGCGCCCAACCAUGGGGCGGCGAAGUGCAAGGCCAAGGCAAAAGCGAGGAGUUCGUGA